AAGGUUCAAGGUGCUUCACGUACAAUAUUGAGCUGCAUUUUGGAAGGGCAUUUUGAACGCAAACAUGGCCGCUACCUGCUCUCGCCUCGCCGCAAGGGGCCAGCUCUGCUCCUUUACCUCCCCCCAGAAGCCCCUCCAUCUGCAGGACAAUGCAGCCUUGCCCGCGUCUCUUCGCUCAUCCUCCUUCAACGGUACGCAAUUGACGCAGGCUGUUCUGACACGGGGGGUUUCCAAAGCUCAACCAGGAGUUGUUGCUCCACGGGCUGUAGCGGCGGUCAGUGAGAAGCGAAAGGAUGCUUUUGGCGAGGAGAAGAAGCUCGCAGAGGCCCCGAGCUCUCUGCUCAAGAAGGGGCCUGACGGGUGGACCUCCCCCAUGUGCGAGAAGUUUGAGAAAGUCAUCCGUCAGGUUCAGGACGAGGUUUGUGCGGCCAUUGAGGAACUAGAUGGCAAGAAGUUCAGGGAGGACUCGUGGGAGAGGGAGGGCGGCGGUGGCGGCAUUAGCCGAGUCCUCCAGGAUGGGAAUGUGUUUGAGAAGGCGGGGGUCAACGUGUCGGUUGUCUAUGGGACAAUGCCACCGGAGGCUUACAGGGCAGCAACUGGUUCAACGGAGAAGAAUGGAGCAGCUCCGGGUGGGGCCGGCCGCAUCCCAUUCUUUGCAGCGGGCGUCAGCUCAGUUGUUCACCCAAAGAACCCCAUGGCGCCGACCUGCCACUUUAACUAUCGCUACUUUGAAACCAAUGUUCCACAAGAUGUCGAGGGGGCUCCUAGGGCAUGGUGGUUUGGUGGCGGCACCGACCUGACGCCCUCGUACCUAUUUGACGAGGACGUCAAGCACUUCCACCAGACCCUCAAGGACACGUGCGACCAGCACGACGAGUCCUUCUACCCGCGCUUCAAGUCGUGGUGUGACGACUACUUCAUGAUCAAGCACCGAGGGGAGCGCCGUGGCCUCGGGGGCAUCUUUUUUGAUGACAUGAACGAUCGGGACGCCGAGGAGAUUCUGGCUUUCUCGACUGCGUGUGGAAAGGCCGUCGUCCCUGCGUACAUCCCGCUCGUCGCCAAGCGGAAGGACGAGCCGUUCACCGAAGAGCAGAAGGCGUGGCAGCAACUGCGGAGGGGCCGAUACGUCGAGUUCAACCUGGUAUACGACCGCGGCACCACCUUUGGGUUGAAGACCGGGGGCCGGAUAGAGAGCAUCCUGAUGUCGCUCCCGCUCACCGCCCGCUGGGAGUACGACCACCAACCGGAGGAGGGGUCCGAGGAGUGGAAGCUCCUAGACGCCUGCAAGAACCCUAAGGACUGGGUAUAAGCUCACGAAUCUGGUUUUGUAUGCCACGUGUCGAAGGCGGGCUGGGAGUUGGACAGACGCUGGCGUGCAAUGCAUUGAAUAAGUCACGGCUUGGGAGCCUUACCUCUGUCCUCGUUUACGUUUCAUCCUGUCGUUGCUGCUCAUGGCUUACGCGGAGCAUCCAAGCGGCCCGUAAUUGAUGUAGCCGAAAAGGACGCUCUUAGUUGAGAAUGUUAAGAACAUCAGUAUAUGUAAACGCCAUUGUUUUCCAAGAGUCUAUUUCUUGAAGCUUUUUAUGCCUUUGUCGACUGCUGAACUGCCUGACUUGAGAAUAUGGGAGCUCGAGUGCAUUAUCUGGCCGGU